AUGGCUUGCGCUGGCUCUCGCUCUGGCGACUCGCCCCCGCCCGUGGCUUCGCCCGCGGCGGCCGGCGAGCCCGGCGCCCUGCCCUGCACCGACGAGCCCUCGGUGCUCCCGUCGCCCCCGCAGUCCGGCCCGCUCCUCCUCGGCCCCUCGGCGAGCCGCGCCGCCCUGCGGCCGGCAGCUCAGCCUCCCCCGUGCGAGGUUCUGCUGCUGGCUCGCGGCGGCCGCUGCGCUCUGCCCCGGCGCCCGGGCCGCAAGGCUCGAACUUGCAGGGAGCCGGUGCCCGACGACGUCGACAGCGCUCCUGGGGCGUGGUCGGCCGUUCGGAGGUGGGCAAGGCCGGAGCUUCGUGGCGUCGGUCUCCGGCUGGGUCUUCCCCCUCGCCGGCGCCGCCCCCGCGGUUGGCCCGCCGCGCCGUUCAUGCGCUCUUCCCCCUUCCGUCCCUUCAUUGCGUCCUUUGGGUCUUCCUCGCUCCGUCUCCGGACUCUGCAGCACCCCAGCCGGCCCCGGCUUGCCCCAUCCACCGUCUGCACUCCGGUAACCACCCCGCUCCCCACCCAACCCCCCCCCCCCCCCCCCCCGCCCUGCCCGCGAUGGCAUGGCCUGCUGGGCCCGUGCCCGGCCCAGGGGCCCAUUGCUCUUGCUGGGCCGCCCCCCGUCGCCUGGACCUGCCUACUCCGGCUGGGCCGCUCCUGUGCCCUAGGCCCAAUGUGGCCGCCACAGGCGUUUGGCCCCUUACGCACGCAUCGACCCCUCUCCCCGCUGCCACCAGUUCGCUCGCCCUCGUUUCCCCGCGUGCUCCUCCCGCUGCGUCGUCCCCGCGGGCCGUCUCGCUACCUUGCGCCCUGUCCCUGCCCCCUCCUCUCCCGGUCCGACCAGCCAUGCCGCGGGAAUGGGAUGACGGGGAGGUCCGUCGCAAGUGUCGCUACGACGACCGGCUCCGCCCCUCCCCGGACGCGGUCCGCCGUGAGGAGGAGCUCCGUCAGGAGCUUUGUGAGCUCCGUGACGGGCAUCGGGAUGACCGGAGUUCCCCGGGUCGCUCGGACCGUCGCGGUCGUUCCCGCUCACCACCGGGCGCCGCGGCUGAUUGGCGCGGGCGUUGCCCCUCGCCCACCCCAGUCCCGCGCCGCGGCCGCCCCCCUUUGCCGUCGCGCCCUACCCGCCUCCCGUCUCCUUGUCCUCAAGCCCGGCAGCCUCCCGCCGCGACCCGGAAGUACAUCCCUCCUCAUGCUGCCGCCGCGGCCCCUCCCGCUUCCGCGGCCGUUGCGGGUGGCGCUCCGGCCCGCGGCCGCCAAGGCCAGGUCAAAAAGAAGAAGCGUCGUGGUCAGGGCCGCGGCAUCUUGGCUACUCCCGCCCCGCCUGGCCCGGGCUCUUCGACCGCCCCGGGGCCGGUGUCUGGUCUCCCCCGCCCUCCGUGCUUCAAUUGCGGUGUGGCGGGCCAUUCCCAAGUCUCCUGCGUCAACCCUCAGUGCUGCUAUAUCUGCAAGGACCCGGGCCACCCCGCCCUUCUGUGCCCGGAUCGCCCCGUGCCGGCUGAGCUCAUGA